GAUCCAGGAUGAAGUGGCUUUCUAUGUGUCUGUGGUGGGCUACAUUCUGCUAGUAAUGCUGUGCAACAUGGCUAUCUUCGUGGUGGUCCUGGUCCAGAUCCGCCACAUGCGGGUCAAUCAGCCGGCCGGCAUCCACAGCGGCCUCCUUCUGCAGGACCUGAAGGGGGUGUCCAGUCUCACCUUCCUGCUGGGUCUCACCUGGACUGUGGCUUUCUUCGCCUGGGGGCCAGCCAAGGUUCCCUUCCUCUACCUCUUCUGUGUCCUCAACAGUCUGCAAGGUGAGUGACUGCUGCCAGGCGUUUAUUUGUUUAAAGCAUGCUAGCUGUUCCUGUAGACUUCCAGUCAUUGCGCUAACGCUAGUUAGCAAUGACUCCAGAAACGACCUUAAACUUGCUUCAAACUGCACGCAGAGACGUAAAACUGGUAUCCACGAGUUCGUCUGACUCUGGGUAAGUAGAAAAAAUGGAAUUGCCAAGAUGUCGCACUAUCCUAUCAUAGGGUGUAAUGUAUAGAGGGUAUAAACCUGAUGCCAGUGUCGCUGGUGUGUUUUAGGGUUCUUUAUAUUUCUGUUCCAUUGUCUGAUGAAGGAGAAUGUGAGAAAACAAUGGAGAAUCCAUUUGUGCUUUGGGCGCUUCAGACUCCAAGACUACUCUGAGUGGAGCCAGACUUUUACAGUUGGUGCCAAAUCCAGGCCUAACCCUCUGGUGCGCAUGCCCUCAGUGAGGUCCAUCAAGUCCAGUGCCACAGAAAGCACCUCGGCCUCCUCCGACUCCAGUCAACGACAGGUCUCCAUCAGAAGACCUAACUUGGACCUUGUGUAUGAGAAUAACUUGGCACUACCACUUGUCCAACGCAACUCCACUCCUCUUCCUCACAAGAGUGCCUCUUUCCCAGAGGAGGGGCACUGCGAGGGGCCCUCUUGGCAAGAUGGAUCUCACCCAAGACAUCGGCUACCCAUUCCUUAAGACCUUUGAAAUACGGCAAGGAGGAACACCUUAAUUUGUGCUAAAUGAAUGAAUAGAGAAACAAAGAUUGUAACUUGUGCAAUCAGUGUGUGCAAUCUGAAAUAUCAGACAAGGCUUGGUUCUGUGUAACAUGGCAGCUUUCGCUUUGACUCAGUCUGGGACAUGAAUGCACUUGUAUGAUAUUGCAACAUUUAGGACAUAAUAUGAAUGGUGUUUUUAAUUUCUACUUACCUUGGAGCAAAUUAAAAUGAAGUUCUUUGUGAUGAUCUAUCUGAUGAAUUAUGUCCUGUCCAUCUUCACUGAUCUAUUUAUUGUACUGAAGGUGUGACAAAUUAGAUUAGUAUGCAUGUG